UAUUUCUUAUUUGAAAGAAAUAUUAUUCAUUUUCUAUAAAAUAUGUUAUUGGUACUAUUCGUAUGAAUAUUUAUUUGAGUUAAGCCAAGAGUUAAGCAUUCUUUUCUGUCAGUGCACACACGCGCGUUUGUCAAAUAGUAGCUCCGCUAAUUAGCAUUCACGCGGUGUGCUUCGCAAAACGCGCGUGCUCCUCAUAGUCUCCUUCGUACGGUAUUCCCGACAGGUUUUUCGGUCUAUUGCUACUCCGGAAAUUAUCGGCGAGGCAUGAAAAGGCCGCGCAUAGACUCUCGAGUCGAAAUGUUGAAAUCGGGAACGCGCGCGCGCGCGGGUAUAGCACCGUGCCUCGCGUUUAAGCCUAUCUGUUUAUUCAGAACGAUCGUUUCCACCGGUUUAACAUCGAUAGUUACGUGGUAACGUUGAAGUAAAACGCGUACGUGAUUUUUUUUAUUUGACCACGAGGAGAAGGGAAGAAUCUAUUCGACGGCCAAUCGGGCCAAACGCGGAUGUACCAAAGUACGCGGGAGAGCCGCUCGCGGAUCUCUCCGAGUAAAAUUGGCUCGUUAGCGACCUAAUUAGGCAUCGACGAACGGCGUCUGAGCAAUUAGGCAGAUCCAUCAACUCGCGUUCCGCACAGCCGAAUCCGGGUAAUAAAGAGAUAACAGAAAUAAUAGCCGGCGGCAUAUAUGAGAGAAAGAAAGAAACAGGAGGGACACGAUAAUGAGCGGCUCCGAUUAACGAUCGCUCGUUCCUCGGGAAGAAACGCACCUCUCAAUGUCGGCGUUACGGGAAAUGCUCAUAGCUUCCAUUAUGCAAAUUAAUCGCAGAUAACGCUAAUUAAUAUCUACAUUGCCGUUGACGUGUCGUGUUCCGCCUGUCCCAGGCGGCGGCGGCGGUGGCUUCUGUUCGCAGCUGGUCACGCGUCUCAUCUUAUCUCAUCUCCCGGCGCGCGGCGUGCCAGAAGGCGUGUGCGUUUCGCGAAGAAGAUACGUAUCCGGCCCAAUCUCUGUAGCCCGACCCGAGCGCAUAAACAAACCAUUAAAAUUCGCCAGAAAUACGCGUUUGCCGGCGGCGUCGGACACGUCUGUUUUGAGCCGCGAGAGUAACGAGGUGGAGUCCCCGCGGCGCGAAAGUCGCCAAAAGAAUCGUCUCCAUUGCGUUAAAUAUGUAUUGUGCAGAUACAUUUUAUAUCCAUGUAAAUUAUGACGUUAAUGUCUUCCUAGUUUAGGUUGAUUGUCAGCCGUACUGCACACACGAGCGGGUACGCGAAACGAAGUCCGGAAUCACCGGAAGAGAUGAAUUCCUUCUUCCUCCAUUAUCCCCGAUCGUUAUGAACGAGAAAGAAAUAAUGGCGAGCAAGUAUUCUGUUUUAUCGCCCGGAAAAUCUUAAUGCAGGACAGGAUCGCUAAUGACGAUCGUCGUUGGACCAGCAUGGUUGAGCGACGGUACACCGUCGAAUCCUUUCGUCGUACCAUCGCAUAACUUUCCUUUUGACAUAACGCGAUUGCGACUUUGUUGGCAUCGGAGAGAGAGAUUACCGAGUCGCUUCACGAUUACUAUCGUCGAUCUAUCCUACCCGAAUAGUUGCGACAAUCGCAAGUUGUCCCAAUCUUUUGGCCCGAGUUCGCUCGCAAUCGCGUGAUUCAGUACAAUACGCUCAAUAUCAUAUCGCGAACGCGCGAAACGUUCACGUUCGAUACACGUAACGCAACGGCCGACGACCGAGUUGUGUAACGUGCCAGCAGAAUCGCCCGCAGGAGAACCGUUAAUGGAUUUCGAAUGAGGCAAAGUGUGCCUUAGGAUUUCCUGGUGGGAGAGUUUAUAUAUUUUUUCUUUUUAUUUUCAUAAUAGCGCGGUCUUUUUUUCGUCACUACGCAUAUAAAGGAGAACACGCGCGUUCUAAUAGUGAUAAAUUACUACGCGCGACUCUCGUGCUGAUAAAUUACGCGCGGAACGAUGUGAUCACUAUCUGUGUAAUAAUUUUUUUUUCAUAUGGCUUUUUAUGCGCGUAGAGCGAUCCGAGCGCAGAGGUGAAAUCUUCCUCGGUGCCGAUCUCCAGGAACGUCGACCUUUCCGUUGGCGAGAGAAUUCAUUACUCCGAGAAUGGUCUCCCUGGAGUAAAUCUCAAUUAAUAUGAGUUGGCUGUGCUAUCUCAUCCAUAGUGAUGAACGCAGCCUUACAUUAUAUUCUCUUUACUGUGCAAAUGGCUUGUAAUGAUUACUACUACUGUGCACAAAUGCGGAAAGAAAGCGCCGGUCUCGCAAAUCUUUCUACGUCGCGAUAGCGAUCGUAAACUUGUGCGGAAAGUAAUCUCCAAUUUGUCAUUUUAUGAUAUGCCGCUCAGAUUGAUCCUGCAGAGCAUUCUUUCCUCAUAUUCUUAUAAAAAUUGAUGUAAAUCGGGAAUUCAAGUAGCUGUAGAAUGGAAUAGAAUUUAUUACUUUAGCAUUUUUUAGUGAAGAAGGGACAAUUUCUUAUCGACACACAUCCAAGUCUGUUUACUUAGAUCUACCAGGAUUAAUUCCUAUAUACUCGUAUUACAAAUGUGCCCUAAUUAGUACCGUUUUUACAUUAACAUAUACUUUGCUUAUCUUAUAUCCCAUCUAAAUUUCUACAUUAAAGUAUCACGGUCUAAUAAAUAAAUACAUUCACAUUUCGGGUCCUGUUCGUAUUUUUUGCCUUUUCUUUUCUCUCUCUCUCUCUUUCUCUCUCUCUCUAUCUCUUUCUCUUUCUCUUUUCAUAGUUUCUUAAGUAUCAAGUAGCUGUUGUAAAUUUGAGGAGGAAUUGUCCAGUAUUUGUGCUCGCCUAUCAUCGUCGCUUCUGCCUAUCUCAAUGGGUUUCCAACGAAUGGGACAACGUACUCGAGACUCAUCCCGAUCGUACGGCCGCAAUCGCGCAUUCUCGAGACACAGUGAAAGUGACCGAUUCGAUUAUCUCCUUGAAGGAAGGAAAAAAACCGAAAAGACAGCUGCCGCUGACACCGUAUCGGAAGAAAGUCAAAGUAAUUCUGCCGUGCGGUCCGGUAACGGCUCUCACAGCUUCUCGCUUCGUCGCGUCUCUCCCGUACGUAAAAAAAUAUAUAAUAUAUAUAAAAUAAAAGAAUGAAGAUCCCUCGCAUGCGAGCUUCCAAAUUAAAGUUAGCUCGACGACAAGCGUUAUAUGCAGGUGGUAGGGAGGGAGGAGGGAGGAGGAGAAACAUUUCUAUUGGUUUUCUAAAUUGACUUUCUUGGUAGUGGAAAAGAGACGAACUUCCUCGUGUGUACUUUGUUCGAUUUGUUCCUUCACGUGGGAAGAUUAUCAUCCGUUUACACAACACCGUUUAUACAACGUCAUACAAUCGCGCGCGAUUACGUGCCCCAGUACGUGUCGGACGAUCAUCGCGCUCUUGCUUCCCGAUCCGUCUAACGUCCGAUGCAAUCGGAUGCAUCUCCCGCGGCGCAGCGCGACGCGGAGAAAUAUAUGCCGCGGUGAAAGGCGUCGUGACGGAGCGGAGGAGCGACGGUAACCCUGAGGAAGAAAGUCAGAGUGAGAGACCUCGCAGGUGACGGAGCAUGAGCGCGAGCGUGAGCGCGCGAACCGGGUCUCGUACCAGCGCAGCGCUCUGGCAAAGUUGUUCUCACGUGCAUUACGAAACCCGCGCUUUUCCGCGUUGGGCUGCUGCCUCGUGAGACAUGCCACGCCGAUGUAUAAGAAGAUGAGAAAGGCAUUUCUCCGUCCCGACUCCCUUUCCCCCAGUCGGGUUUUUUGUAGGCGAUUUGCAGCGAGAUACCGGUGUUAAAUCAUCAUCAUCCGAUGACUGGAACGAGUACCGUUGAUUACGCUACUCGGCAAUGUUAUACACUGACACGUUACGGACGGACUUGCUCUCGAGAUUAUAUAGUUACACAUCUGAUAUUUAUCUAUUAUUCCAAGAGAAGUUUUCAUUGAAAAUAAACGGCUUCUUCGCGAGGAUAUUGUUUUAAUACAGUGUAGAAUUAGUAUUUUCUCCUUCGUGACAACAAUGUUAUAACGAGAAGUGGUAGAAAGUCCACUCCCCCUUGCGGUAGUGUACGCUUAAGAGACCCCGAUAAUAAUUACCGAGAAAGUCAUUACCGGUUAUACGUCGCGUGUCAUCGGACAACUGGCCGGUUACAUAUGAGCGCUUACGCCCGCCAACGAUACUCGACUGUCGUAACGUUCUUUAAGUUAACAGAUUUAAGUCGACAAUUUUAAUUACAAAAGGAAAGUUUCAUUAAUCAGUCUUACCAAUAAAUUUUCUAAGAUGUUUAAACAUCUGAACGAUACUUCGCGAAACAAAUUUAUACAAAGACUUUCUCGUAAGUUCUAUCGUAAGCUUUAUAUCAAUCAAGUGUUUGCAAUUAACUGUACAAUUUUAGACUGAAUAUGUAAGUAAAGGUAUGGAUAGUGAUUUUGUGUGCCGCAUAUGGAUAUUUCGGUUUCUUUUCUCUUUGCUUCACGUUAAAAUUCAUUGAAUUGCAUUACGUUUCGUACCUACUACCUUGUCGCCCCGCAUUCGCUAUGAAGCAUGAAUCCCCACCUAAGUGAAGAUGUACACGCAGAGUUGGGACCCCCGUAUGGCACCGUGGCUCUCUUUGUACCCCUCCUCGAAAUAUCUCGAUGUCUAUAGAGUACCUAGGCGUCUAGGCAGAGGAGCACUCGCUAUAAAAGCUUCGUAUGUCACGAUGAAUCCCUCAGAAGAGUGACGAACCGUAAAAAAAGACGGUGGUCGUUGCUAUCCUUUUUCACGGUGGGCCACGGUACCCUGCUCGAGAGAAUGCGAUUUAUUCUGACAAUAUUAUGUGGCCUCUUUGUUAUCUCCGCACUUGGAGAUCCGAUUAGAACAAAGAGAGAGCCUCCCGUAAGCUCACAGUAUGGCGCACCACCAGCGACGUCCUACGGAGUACCGAACGUAGGACCUUCUGACUCUUAUGGUCCACCACCUUCGAACUCGUACGGUGCACCUCCUUCUGAUUCGUACGGUGCACCUCCGCCGCCUCCAUCGUCAUCUUACGGUGCGCCGUCUGGACCUUCGUCAUCUUACGGUGCGCCGUCUGGGCCCUCAUCAUCUUACGGCGCACCACCUUCGUCAUCUUAUGGCGCACCACCAUCGUCAUCCUACGGUGCACCAUCCGGAGGCGAUCACGGUGGGGGAUCAUUUGAUUUCGGCGGUGGUGGCGGUGACCACGGCGGAGGAUCCUUCGGCGGUGGUGGCGGUUACGGCGGUGGUGACGAUCAUGGAGGUGCAUCGUUCGACGAUCAUCACGGAUCGGGCGGUUUCGGCGGUGGUGACGGCGGUUACGGCGGUGGUGGCGAUCACGGCGGUGGUGGCGGUCACGGCGGCGGUUUCGGCGGUGGUGGCGGUCACGGUGGCGGUUUCGGCGGUGGUGGCGGCCAUGACGACGGUGGCGGUCACGGCGGCGGUUUCGGCGGCGGUGGCGGUCACGGAGGUGAUGACAGCGGAUAUGGUGGUGGUGGUGGUGGCCAUGGAGGCGGUGGCGGUUUCGGAUCUAUUUCCGACUCUUACGGCCCGCCGUCACCACCCUCCGGAUCUUAUGGACCUCCGGCGCAUGAUCACAAGCCAAAGGGCGUGUGGAAGAAAAAGUUGGUAUGGAAACCCGAAUGGAAGCAGAUCUGGAAAACUGAAUCGAAAAUGAUUUGGAAGCAGGAAUGGAAGAAGGUACAGGUACCGGUUUGGAAGGAGAUUCAAGUACCUGCAUGGAAGGAGAUCAAGGUACCUGCCUGGAAAAAAGUUCAGAAGCCCGUUUGGAAGCAGAUUCAAGUGCCGGCUUGGAAGGAGGUCCAGGUGCCAGCUUGGAAGAAGAUAUGGAAGCCCGUUUGGAAGGAAGUCCAAGUUCCUGUGUGGAAAGAAGUUCAGGUGCCCGAGUGGAAAAAGAUCUGGGUGCCGGAAUGGGUUAAAAUCGGCAUACCAGGAGAGCACCCCGUAGGCAAGGACAGUCACGGUUGGCAGUAUACCAGUCACGAUCUCUGGAAGAAGAAGUUAAUCUGGAAGCCGGUUUGGAAGAAGGUUUGGAAAACGGAAAAGAAACAGAUUUGGGUAAGUGAUAAGAAAUUAGAAUGGAAAGAGGAAUGGAAACAAAUCUGGAAGUCAGAAAAGAAACAAAUUUGGGUGACGGACAAGAAACUAGUCUGGAAGGAAGAAUCGGUGCAGGUAUGGGUGCCGCAAAAGAAGCAGAUCUGGGUCACGCAGAAGAAACAGGUGUGGAAAGACGAAUGGAAGAGCAAGUGGGUUCCGGCUUGGAAGGACGUGCAGGUACCGGCUUGGAAGAAGAUCUGGAAGCCCGUCUGGGAGAAAGUUUGGGUUCCCAUUGAGACCCAUCACGACGACGAUCAUCACGGUUACAAGUAGAUUCGUCAUCGAAAAUCACGUUUGGCCGAUUCGAUCCUUCUUCGGCGUCUAUCAUGUGACAUCCGAAGGUCGAAAGAUCGAUUCGGAAAAUUAUCGGAGAAUCCCAUGAAGAAAGUCGGUCGAAACUUAUAAUGCCUUGUGAUAAUGGAUUGCUCGCCUGUAGAUAUGUAGGUAUGUUGCGAGGAGAAGAGAGAAGGCUAACUGGCAGACGCGUAUCGCACGAAAAAGAGGAAAGCCUACAACCAACAGUUAGAAAGCAUCACGACUAUGAGAUAUGUACGAAAGUGGACGAUGAAAAUUUUCAAUUGAUCAUCUCGAUGACAGCGCGACUGGAUUGCGUAGCAUCUGAAGCAAAUUCUUCGUAAAAUGUCAUAGAGGAACCAUAAUAAUCAAUCAACGAGAUAUAAUUAUGACGAAUAUAAAGAUAUCAUUAUCUACUUAUCAUAUCGAAAGAACGAGAUGUGUACUAAUAACUCUGAUUUAUAUCAAUAAAUUUAUUGUAACGAUACACUUUCCUAGAGAGAGAUUAACGAUUUACUAAAUUAAGCUUUAAAACAGCUUAAUUUACCAAGAAAAAUUACGUUUGUCAAUUAUUUGUUUGGAAAAUAAUGUCGUAACCUACUUGUCAUUAGAGAAAAUAUUUGUUCCUCAAAAUUGUUUAAUAUGUCUACGUGUAACAAAUUUCUUUAUUUUAAUAAUUCGACUUUUGGUUUAGAAUGAAAAUUACACGCAAAAGUAAUAUUCUUUCCUUGUUUUCUUUUUUCAGUGUGAAUAAUCCAUAACUUCAGAAUGGCCACGUGUGUAUUAAUAUCAUUUGUAAUUAAUAUCUUACUCUGUAAAUAUCGUUUGAUUAUUGGGAUGCGUGCAUGUUAAUAUUUUUUAUACGUUAAUAAAUAUUGUUUUAUACUA